AUGUCCCAAAGGGUCUUUGACUUGCAGACGUACCGCGCCCAAGUCGGUUGGCAAAUCUGUCUAAAGCCAUGGAUUAAGCGACAUAGCUAUAGCAAAACAUUCAACGAUGUCAGAUAUGGCAAGCUCGUGGAUGUUGAGAAGGCUCUAGCCGUGGGAGACGCCUCCCUGUUCGAUCGUGAUGAGCAGGGAGGAACACUACUUCAUGUUGCAGCAUACGGCGGGAAAUUAGACACCUUCAAAGCAUUACUAAGCUGGGGUGUGAGCCCUGAAGAAACCAACGAUGAUGGCCAAUCAGCUGCUCAGUAUAUUUACGGAAUGUACGGCUAUUCCGACACGGCGCUCACCGGAAUUGUUAAGAUUAUGAUGAAUUUGGGAGCUCUUGAGGAAGAGAUUGACGUAAUGUUCUCUGGCGCUCGGAGGUCCAAGAGAUACGCUUUUCCUGAUUACAUCUGGAGGGUUCCUGGUGUUAUACAAAUAAUGGCCGGGGACCGAUACCAAGAGUACCUGCAGUUGCCUCCUCAAGCUCGGUUUGCAUACCUUUCGUGGUCCAAAGUCAGUCCAAAAGUUUUACUGGAGCAAUUCAGCCUGAGCGCUGGUAUUACUCCAGCUGCUUUGAGGGCAGUUGAAGGACAUUAUGACAAAAGCUUCUUGAAUCCAGGUAGAGGGUUAAGUCUGCAAGGGCUUGCAGAGAAGUAUUUCAUAGAGACGCCUAUUGGUCGUUGGGACAGCCCGUGGGUUCGUAGAGAUAAAACCGAGGGAAAGAUCGGCCUCAGACGCUUUCACAAGUUUUAUUUCUGGCGGAAACUUGUGCGAUGGUAUCUUGCUGGAAUCUCUCUCUCGAAGCUCACUGAGUUGGGUACAUUCAUGCGAGACGACGUGACGCCAUUUCUCUGCGGCUUGUCCAAUAAAUGUCGUCUUGACUGUGGAUAUAUGAGCGCACGUCGCGAACCACGUUGGAUGAUACAGGGGGUGUCUCGAGCCAUGAAAUUCUGGUUAGAGGACUUGCAGUCUGUGGGCAUAGAUCUGGCGGAGUACGGUAGGCGGGAACUCGCCAUAUAUCUUUAUUCGAGCUGUCCUCUUCGACACCGGCGGGGCUCGGAGUUGCUGCGAGGGAGCUACAGGGACGAGGCUUUUAACAUGCGGCUGGUCUCGUUUGAAUACGGUCCUCGACCUGAGGACUGGUACCUUGUCUGGGAUACUGACGCGUAUGAGUUCGCUGGGGAAUUCUGGGAUCUUAUCGAGAACCCGCCGCUCCGCAUUCCUGGCGGAUGGUUUGAUGACGACUAG